ACAUGAGCCUCUCCAUGAAGCAUCCAUUCCAUACCACAAUGAGAAGGAGUAGUAUCCCCUCAUCAACAGAUCUCAAGCUAGUAGAAGAAAAAAGUAGCACCAACAUGACAGAGAAGAUGAGAAAUACCUCAACUUCAUCUUCAUCCUAUGAUCAUAAUGAGAUCAAGAAAAAAGAGGAGUCUGCAGAAACUAAUAGUAAGAAGCUAGAGAGGAAAACUACAGAAGACGUCAACGCUAGUGCUGAUGCAUUCAUCAAGAAUUUCAGGCAACAGUUGAUGAUUCAAAGGCUUCAAUCCAUUGAGAAUUAUGAGAAAAUGCUUGCAAGAGGUCUCUAACAUGGUCGGUGCCAUGUCGGUGUUCAACGCUAAUAUAUAUAAUUACUUUUAAUAUAUUUAUUUUUUAAAAUUAUUAUCGAUAUCAAUAUGUCAAAUUCAUGUUUGUAUCCGUUCUUAAUAGCAUAUGUAUUCUUCAUCUUGUUAUUGUUAUUGAUGAUUUUAAUUAAUUAAUGAAAACUAACCUAUCUUUUAUA